ACUCUUGUAUACCAUCAAUAUUGUUAUCAUCACAAUCAUCAGCUAUAUAGAGGUAGUGGUAGUUUGUGGAGGACAACAAAAAAAUCUGUCCUCCUUUUUAUGACUAUCUCCUUGUUGAUGCCGUCAGCAAGCAACGGUGUGAAUGUGACGAGCUGGUAAAUGAUUGCUAGUGUUGGAGGAGCCGGGCUGAAAAAGGGCGCAAGCGGCCAGUUGGAGAAGGAGAUGCUGCUUGCGGAUGUCCAAGCACCUUGCCGACAUGUUGAAGCGACGCGUCUUCCGGGUGACCAACGCUCUGCUAAAAGAGUGCAUGGCCGAGUUUUUGGGGACUUUUAUUUUGUUGCUUUUCGGCUGCUCAGCGGCAGCACAGGUGAAGACCAGCAGAGAGACCAAAGGCCAGUUUCUGUCCAUCAACAUGUCCUUCUCAGUGGGCGUGAUGUCGGCCAUGUAUCUCACCAAAGGCAUCACGGGUGCCCACCUAAACCCGGCCGUGACACUCAGUUUCUGUGUACUGGGUCAGGUGCCAUGGAAGAGGAUGCUGCCAUAUUGGCUCUCGCAGGUUCUGGGAGGAUACGUUGCAUCGGCGCUCGUCUACGUGGUCUACUACGAUGCUAUCAUGGAUUUUAGUGGCGGGAUAUUGACCGUGUAUGGACCAAAUGAGACGGCGUCCAUAUUUGCCACCUAUCCCUCAGAGUAUCUCACCUUGGGCAGAAGUUUUCUAGACCAGGUGGUGGGCACUGGCAUGCUCAUGUUAUGCAUCCUAUGUCUGGAUGAGAAGAGGAACACGCCGGCUCCCAGCGGACUGAUUCCCGUCAUCGUGGCGGUCAUCGUGCUGGGCAUUUCCAUGUCCAUGUCGGGCAACUGCGGGGCGGCCAUCAACCCUGCCCGUGAUCUGGGACCUCGACUUUUUACUCUGACUGCCGGCUGGGGCUCGGAGGUCUUCACGUGUUACAACUACUGGUUCUGGGUGCCCCUGGUGGGCCCCCUUCUCGGCGGCGUUUCCGGUUCUUUACUCUAUUUAAUGUUCAUCCACUGGCACCUGCCUGACCCGGAUCCCCCCAAAGACGCAGACACGCCCUCCAUUGCCAGCGAUACAAGCAAGCAGCUUGCUAGCGCGCCACUGAUUGGCAUCGAGUUAAAGACGGCGUCAUUCUGAGAAGGUCACGGAAGAGUCUGAGAUGGACAUUUUCAUUUUUCAUCUUCAAGUUAAGAGCACUUUUUUGUCAAUUUUACUCAUCAUUGAGGUGAGCUUUAUAGAAUGGAGGUAGCUUGUGUCAUAAUCUUGUUUACAUUUUUUUCCCCUUGAUUUGAUACUUCUUAAUCUAAAUGAUGGUUGUAUUUAUUUGUAUGUUGCUGUUAUUAAAAAUAUAAUAAUAUUCAGUUUC